AUUUAGGAGAUCGGUUGUGGAGUAGAAGUGGGAUUCACCGACAUUGGGCUAAGAGAUUGGGUAAUUGUUUGGGCAAACCUCAGCCCAACUCACAUGGUCUAUCGACAGAAUCCACUGCGCUACGAGCCUACGAUGAUAGACUAAUAAUAAUGGAUUUGAUUGCUACGGAAUGAUUUUCUGCAAAUUCCUUCUGGUUUCUGGAGUUUUCCUGUGUUUUGGAAGAUGGGACUAGUUAAGUUCUACGAUGGUAUUCUUGGAGUUGCACCACUCAGGAUCAUGAUGACAAAUCAUUGCAUAAAGCUCAGCCGUGGCUCCAAUUGACAACAGUAAGUCUUAUAAGUAUUUUAUCAGGUUUACAGUAAUCAACUUAAAAUGUCAAAGAUGUUCCACUUUUAUGUACCAAAUAUGAAUGUGGAUAUCUCAUUUUCUUCUAGUUACUGGACAGUGGCAAACUCAUAUUUUUGAAGCAUCUCUACACACCUAGGUGUCCUCAUUGUGGAUCUGAGUAAACAAUUAUUGAUUAACUCAGCUGUGCAGUUUAACAAAAAUUAUUUUGGAAUAGAGAUUAGGCAACUUCCAUGAUGGUAAAUCCAUCUUAUGUUAACUAGUGUUUGUAUCUACAUGUAAAUUUGAAUUCUUUACUUUCUGUUCUCAUUGCUGUCAACUGUCAACAUGGUAAUGUCAACUUCCACCAAAGAAUAGUACCAUUUUUACUUCCAAAGCUUAUGCAAGCUGUUUGGAGGAAGCCCAUUUUGCACAGCUUCUCUUGGUUCAAAGGAACCUUAGUUUUGUCCCCAUUAAUGUCUUCCAUUGUUACAUUGUUUAUACUACUGAGGGAAAUUUAUUUUGAUCUAUUGGCCUACUGCACAGCUCUAGUUGCCUUGAACUUAUUAUACUGUUAAGUUCAUAAAAUUAUCCAUGUUGCAUCAAUUUUCCAAAAAAGGAAUGACCUUGUUUCAGCAACAAAACAAAAACCUUCCGCAUAUAUAUCUUCAGGCAGUGUCAUGGUCUGAAGUUGCAACAGCACAAUAUGGGAAUCCCAAUAUUUCCAAGUCAAUAUAAUUGCUAAAAGCAUACUAGGGCCAUUUUAAUUAUUUUUACUUGUCAUGAGUAGAUGAUUUAUGCCUUAAAAGUACCGGAAAAAGGCCCCUGCCUGGUUGUGCCGGCUCUAAGGGGUGCUGUGGUGAGUCUGGUGACCAUAACUUAUUAGUCAGUUGUUAAGAAAUUUCUUCAGAUUGAAUUUAUUUAUUUAGUUCUUUAUUCAUCUAUUUAUUUGAAAACAGGUUUUAAAGUACUGAAACUAUCCUAUAUAUAUAAACACAAAUUAUGGGUUGUGUUCACUUUUCUCACAGGAUUGAUGUCUCUUCUGGCAGGAUACUAAUAGGUCUCAGAAGUUGAAUGUACUUAAGCUUAUUUUGUGAGAAUUAAUCUCUCUUGUAGCAGGUAACCUGUAGUUCACUUUUGAUCCCUGCGCAUCAUGCUGUUUCUGGUAAGCAGUUUAGUUUAUAGAAUACUCAUAAGAACAUCAUUCAUGAUCACUGUUGGUUUAUGUAUUCUCUCAAAAAUAAGUACAUAGAAUCAGUCCACUGAAAGAUUCAAAAGUAUUCUUGAUGGCCUUUCCACUUGUGCAUUUCCUUGUGGCAAUUGUUGUGCCUAGGUAAACAUGCCAAGCUGUUCAGGAACAGCUCGGACUCAGCUUGAUUAAAGCUCGUCUCGAGCUCGAUUUUUAAGCUUGUUUGAUAAAUGAGCUGUGCCCAAAUAAUCCAUUGCUCAGCUCGUGAACAUGUUCAUGAACAAGCUCGAUGAAAGGCUCAUAUGAAGGAUUGCUUGGAGUUAUUGCUAUUUUUUCUCCUUAAGAAUCUUGAUAUCAAACUUGAGUUUUAAGCUCGAGCUCGAGAUUAGGGAUCAAAAUUAAUUAAAUUCGCCGAGCUCGAGCUCGAGCCCAACGAGUGAUCUUUCGAGUUGCUGAAAGCUUGGGUUGGCUUGGCUCAUUUGCAGGCUUAAUUUUUUCCUACAAAAGUCUUCUGAUGAUUGUCUUUUGUAGCAUGAUGGAAUAAAAAAAAGUAUUUUUGUGUACAUUUUGUUAUCAAACUAUUUAGAUUCUUUCCCUAAACUCUUCUAUAGAAUUUCCAGAAGGCUUCAGAAAAUGGGUAGAAAAUAACAACUUGUUAGUUCAUAUUAUUUUAACAAAGUAUUAGAAUAUUGAUAAAAUUGCAACUUGACAGUAUAUUGUUAGUGAUCUGACAGAACUGGAGAAUUGGGAAGCCCUGCAAUUGCCGUCACUUGAAGUUCACACGACUUAAGAUUGUUGAAUUAAUAAGUGUGAAUUGUUGUUUUGGGCAUGGUCAUGUUACAGAUGGCAUAACCUUAAGGCAGUACACGAGUGCACAGUUGAAUGGUGUUUGUCGAUUUGGACUCUUGUUAGUUCUUGGUACGUCAAGGUGGGAUGAUAUUUAUUUUCUGAUGAUGUUACCAGUUUAUAACAAAGUUACAUAAAACGCUGCUAUAUUCAGUGUACAUGGAACAAAAUACAAAAAACCUCUCUACUUCAGCUACUGAGAUUUAUUAUCCGUUAAGAGUGUGUCAAAACUUGGUUCAUGUUAAAUAAUAUCCCAAGAGCUACAUAUUGGAGCUUUCUUAAUCAUUGUCAUGCUGGAUGAUAGUGCCCUUAUUCUUAUCAAAAUAAUAAUCAUGAGGAGUUGAUUUCUAUUUAGGUUAUGAAAUUGGGGUGGUUGUGGUCUUGCCAUGAAUGACUUAAGUGAAUACCAAUCACAAAUUGAAACUGAUCUUUCCCUAUCAUUACUUUUUUAAAGGUUUGGCAAUUAGUUUUGCUUUGCCAUUUGAGGAUUUCAGAAGCAAUGACUUGUAGAGAUGAACUUUGAAUGCCUUUCUUUUUCAAGUUUUUAUACGGCUUUUGUUUUUUUCGUAAGUAUUGUAUGACUGCAUACUAAAAGUUUUUGACCAAUAAAAUGUGCUUGAGCUAUAAUGUUUGCUUAUAGGUAAUGAUUAUUAGUUCUGUAAUUUAGUAGGCCAGAGCCAGGUUUCAAUUUCUUUUGUUCAUACUAAUUCUAAUUAAACUAUCAGAAAAACUGACGUGUGUAUUUGAAUUUUGUUUAUAAAGGGCAUACCAAGGACUGCAACUUAGCAUUACUUCGCCUUUUAAAGUAAAAAAUCAAGGGAUUAAGUACUCAUUCGGCUAAGUGGUUAUGUGAGUAUCGGGUGCAAUUUUUUUCUGGUCAAAUGACAGCAUUGUUUGGACAAUUUUUCAGGUAUAAUGAAGUAUUGAUGAUGUGGAAAUGGAGUGAUGACUUGUUCAAAUUGCACAUCAAUUUUGGAUUGGAACACUACAUCCGUGGAUGAGAGGGAAUGGUAUUUCUACAGCCGGCGUGACCGGAAAUACGCCACCGGACUACGAACAAAUAGGGCCACAGUGUCUGGUUACUGGAAAGCCACAGGGAAGGACAAGACAGUCACUCGUAGGGGUACCCUUGUUGGGAUGAGGAAGACCUUGGUAUUCUACCGAGGUAGGGCACCCAGAGGAAGAAAAACUGACUGGGUCAUGCAUGAAUUUCGACUUGAAGGACCUCUUGGCCCUCCUAAUCUUUCUUCAACAAAGGAAGAUUGGGUUUUAUGCAGAGUGUUCUGUAAAAGUGGAGAAGUUAAAGCGAAACAAGGCAUGGGAAUGAGCUAUGGUGACACAAGCUGUUCAACUCUUCCAGCACUAAUGGAUUCAUACAUCACUUAUGACCAAACUCAAACCAUAAAUGAAUAUGAGCGAGUGCCCUGCUUCUCCAAUUUCACUCCAAACCAAAUUCUGAACCCAACUUUCUCAGACAUCAUCCCAACAAACAUAUCACCCAAACAUGACACUACCUUUGGACUUUUGCCAAAUUUUGGUACAUGUUUGGACAACCCUUUCUCUUGUGACAAAAAUGUAAUUGAAGCUGUUUUAAGUCAUUUCAACAAGAUGGACACCAUUAAUCCUCCUCCCAACAUCACAGGUUCACCAAGGUUUGGGGAGGGAAGUUCCGAGAGCUUCUUAUCUGAUGCGGGUUUGCCCAUCAUGUGGAACCUUUAUUGAUUUCGAGGCCCUAAAAUCGCGUAAUCAGAACGAAGAUUUUGAACUAAAUGGGGGAGUCGAAGACAUUUUUAUUAUCACAUCAGUUAAGUGUAUUUAAAGGAGAGCUUUGGACUCUCUGUUUCGUUCAUACUCUUCAGCCUUAAAGUUGAGCUAGCAACCUAUCAGAAUGUUUUCCGGAUAUAGACUGAUAUAUAAUAUAUAUAUAUAUAUAUAGUAUUUCUAUAUUUAACAAUGUACAUAAAGCUUAUUAGAUGGAAAAUGCAAAAUUUGACUUUGAUUGUA